AUGACUGCCAGUGAGAUGCGCACUUUUGUUCGUAUCUUUGCUUUACUUGUAGGUGACCUUGUUCUUGAUAACGAUCCCAUAUGGAAGUUUUACUUAAUUCUCCGUGAUAUUAUUGAAAUUGUUUUGUGUAGACAAAUGCAGAAAGAGAUGAUUAAGAUAUUGAAGGAGAGAAUUAGUGAACAUCAUCGUUUGUAUGUUAUUCUUUUCCAAGAUACAUUGAAACCUAAACACCAUCAUAUGGUUCAUUAUCCAUCAAUUUUGUCUCGGUCUGGUGCUCUUGUUAAUUUAGCAUGUGAUCGGUUUGAAGCCAAUCAUCAGCCAGCUGUGCAAGACGCUAAAGCUACUCGUUCUAGGAAAAAUAUUGCUUUCACUUUAGCUUUAAAGCAGCAACUUCGGUGUGCUUACCGAUUCAUGACUCGAAAGGGACUUCAUACUUUAUUAGAAGUAGGACCUGAAGAAAAACCAGAUUAUUAUAAUUCGUUAUUACUUCCAAUAAGUUUUUCUAAUGGCUUUAUGCAACAUGCUUAUGUCAUCUUUAAAGGAACUUUAUAUAAAAAGGGAAUGUGCGUUGCAAUUGGAGUGGAUGAUGAUAAUGGGCCUGAAUUUGGUAUUAUUUCCUCCGUAUUAGUAAAUCAUAAUGGCACUGUCUGCCUCAUGUGCAAUGUCCUUUCAUGUACAAUGUACAGUGAACAUUUUCAUGCUUAUAAUGUUACUAAAACUGCGAAAAUAAUAUCAAUUCUAGUUAUUGAUCUUUUAGAUUAUUUGCCUUUGUUGUUUUGUAAAAGCAAUGAUGGAAAGCAAUAUGUUACAUUGCAUCAUUUACUUUAA